AGCAGAACUGCUGAGGAGAGUUUUGCUUCCGGUGUCAGGGUCAUAAGCACACCUGCAGCAUGGCGGCGGCUAUCAGAGGGGGUCUGUCAGCACUGAGCAAGGGUCUCAGCGCCCACUGGCUCCAGCAGAGCUCUCGUGGGCUCAGGGUGGCACAUGGCCUGUGCUGCGCCUCCCAGUCUGCCCAGGCUGCGCCUCCUGCCCAUGCUGACAGCAUAUUUCGGGUGACCAUGAUCCCAGGGGAUGGCGUGGGACCCGAGCUCAUGACCGCCGUCAAGGAGGUGUUCAAGGCCGGGGAUGUCCCGGUGGAGUUUGAGGAGUUCCAUCUCAGCGAGGUACAGAACACGGCCAGUGAGGGCAAGCUGGAGGAAGUGCUGGGCUCCAUGAGGACCAACCGGGUGGCCAUUAAAGGGAAGAUCCACACACCCAUGGAGUACAAGGGCGAGCUGGCCUCCUACGAGAUGAGGCUGCGGCGGAAGCUGGACCUUUUUGCAAAUGUGGUCCAUGUGAACAGUCUGCCGGGGUACAGCACCCGGCACAAUAACCUGGACCUGGUGAUCAUCCGUGAGCAGACUGAGGGGGAGUACAGCUCUCUGGAGCACGAGAGUGUGACGGGAGUGAUCGCGUGUCUGAAGAUCAUCACGCGGGAGAAGUCUCGCCGCAUCGCCAAGUUCGCCUUCGACUACGCCACCAAGAAGGGCCGCAGCAAGGUCACCGCGGUGCACAAGGCCAACAUCAUGAAGCUUGGCGACGGACUCUUUCUGCAGAGCUGUGCAGAGGUGGCCGAAUUCUACCCCAAGAUCAAAUAUGAGAACAUGAUCAUCGACAACUGCUGCAUGCAGCUGGUGCAGAACCCGUACCAGUUUGAUGUGCUUGUGAUGCCCAACCUGUAUGGAAACAUCAUCGACAACCUGGCAGCCGGGCUGGUGGGGGGAGCCGGCGUGGUACCAGGAGAGAGCUACAGCGCGGAGUACGCCGUCUUCGAGACCGGUGCGCGGCACCCCUUUGCCCAGGCUGUGGGCAGGAACAUCGCCAACCCCACGGCCAUGUUGCUCAGUGCUGCCAACAUGCUGCGCCACCUCAACCUGGAGUACCACUCCCACAUGGUGACUGAGGCGGUGAAGAGGGUGAUCAAGCUGGGCAAGGUGAAAACGAGAGAUCUGGGGGGGUACUCUACCACCAGUGAUUUUGUGCGCGCCGUCAUCGACAACCUUCACCCCACACAUCUGCGCUGAGGACCGACUGGGACCCCCUUCCCAAGAAACCCCAAUACCCACACUCCCCUGGGACACUGCUUGCUGCCCUCCUCCUGUCCUGCACGUCUAACUGCCCCAGCCCAGAUUGCCCCCGGGCUGUUUCUGUCACUGCAGGGCUUCCUCUUGUAAAUAAGAAAUAUAUGUGUGCUGUUAGUGCCACCUUCAUCUUGUACCUUUUUGGAUGGUCUUAUGAACUCCAGCCACCUCUGGAUCACCUGGGAGACACUUACCUGGGUCCCUCACACCUGUGGCCCCUCGCUCAGCUCGUACCCAGCCUCCCGCAGCCCCUGUCUGUGCGGUGUCUCAGGCCGACAGCUGUGCACUCAGGGCAGGCUGGGCUCCUGCCCCUCCCUGCAGCCCGGGAGCUCUAGGAGGCAGGCUGACACUCCUGGGGCUGGACGUGACAGGACUACACUGAGGUGUCCUGUCAGUGUGUGCUGAGCAGUUGGUGUCCCUUGGCUCUCUGGGCGGUGUUACAGUCGAGACUGAACUUCAUUUAAAGGAAAUAAAAAUCAAAGCUAUCA